AAUUCGAGUGAUGAAUAAAACAAAAUCAGUUGGGUUGAGGAAACUAGAGGUACUCAAUUUGCACUACGGUUACUAAAGCAACGGGCAAUGGAGCGCCUGUUUGUCUUGCUUGCGGCCUGUGUUGGCGUGGCGACUUCGUACUCGAUGACCGUGAGCCAACUACAGUCACAGGGGCUACGCUUCGCCGUAAAAGACGCACCUGGUAUAAGCCUCGUGGGCUUCCAUUACAGCGUCAACGAGCCAUUAACUGACGUGGCAGCCGGUCAGCACGCCGUCGACGUCCACGCUCAGACAGGCGGUGAAUGGGUACACGAGGACAACAGCAUAACUUUACAUCCGGGUGACCAAGUGAACUACUGGUACUUGGUUGUGGACAACAAUGGCGGACAUACGGUCGUCAACCAGAAGUGGACUGUCCCCAGUCCUACGACCCCAAAAAGAACGACAACUACCACCACAGCCGCCCCUAACCCCAUGACUCGCCCCGCGGCCACAUCUGCUCACGCCACAGUGUUUGUUGGAAGCAACAUGGUCAAUUACUACAAGAACCACUCUUCCGAACUCCAUCCAGCCGCAUCCGGCACCGGAACUGGCACCUCUAGCACCGGGACACUGUCAGGAUCUGGCACGAACAGCCAAGAGGCGUCACAGACUAGCAGCCAGGUCGCUUCCGGUGGCGGCUCUUGUGGGUGCACGGGGAAAUCCAUCCGUCCACCUGGCUCGGAACUCACGUGCACGACCUUCCCGUGCAUGAUUUUUGAGGACGAGUUUGAUUCGCUCAAUUUGGACGUCUGGGAGCACGAGAUCAAUGCCGGAGGUGGUGGGAACUGGGAGUUCCAGGUCUACACAAACAACCGGACCAACAGCUACGUCCGUGAUGGCAAACUCUUCAUCAAACCAACACUGACUGUAGACAGUCUUGGUGAAGGACCAGACGGGCUCACGAAAGGAGCACUCGACGUCUGGGGUUCCCAGCCCGGGGACGUCUGCACGGGUAACGCGUUUUGGGGCUGUCGCCGGGAUGGCAACCCUGACCACAUCAUAAACCCCAUCCAAUCGGCACGCCUGCGCAGCUCCCGGGGAUUCAACUUCCGGUACGGCAAGGUGGAGAUCCGCGCCAAAAUGCCUAAGGGAGACUGGAUCUGGCCAGCCAUCUGGUUGUUGCCGCUGAGGAACGCGUACGGCAAGUGGCCCGCCUCUGGAGAAAUAGACAUCGUCGAGGCUAGAGGUAACGCUGAUUACCAUGACGACAAGGGUAACGACCAGAGUAUAAAGAACGCUGGCAGCACGCUGCACUUUGGCUCCGACUUUUGGCACAACAAAUGGCCCAAGGCACACGGAGAAAGACUGAGCACGAGCGGCACGUACGCGGACGACUUCCACACAUACACGCUCAUCUGGGACGAGGACCACAUCAGUAUAUCCAUUGACGGUGACGAGGUGUUAAACGUGACUCCGCAGACGACAAUGUGGGAGUACGGCGGACUGGACCAGGAUGGCGUGGAGAAUCCGUGGGCCGCCGGUUCAAAAAUGGCGCCCUUUGACCAGGAGUUCUUCUUGAUUAUGAACGUCGCUGUGGGUGGUACGGCGUUUUUCCCGGACAAAUUCCGCAGCUCGACAGGCAAACCGUGGUCGGACACAUCUGACUUCGCGUCACGUGACUACUGGAAUGCACGUGGCCAGUGGUACCCCACGUGGCAUCCUGAUCAGAAUAACGGAGAGGACGCUGCCAUGCAAGUGGACUACAUCCGAGUGUGGAAACUGAAACCUUAGAACGGGAAUGUUAAUGAAUGAAGAUACUUUUGUCUUAAAUCAGUUUUAAGUAUGCCAUAAACAUGUAUUAUUUUUAGAAAUAAAACAAUUCCAACUAACAAAAUACUUCAUUUUUUCCAUCAUUGAAGACUUAACUGUUUGGACUUUGUGAAACUCCCUGGAAGUGGUUGAUUUCAAAAAGUGUUUAUCCCAUAUCAGUGAAUGCUCAUUCCAACUGACAUUUCUUGAAAUGAUUGAAUACUGUUAAAUAUUGUGAAACAUAUAUUGUUUAUAAAACAAAAUGAAGACGAAUGUCGUCUAUAGAAAUAAAGCGCACUUUAACAAAGACAUGCGAAAUAGACACA